ACAAGUCAAAGCAAAACAAGGAAGUGGAUGCUCAUGGCACCUGAAUUUCUUGUUUAAUCUUCUUAAAUCGGGUUUUGUAAAGCACGCUCCUGCUGUAAUCUUGUCUUAAGAAGUCGUUGACCUAUCAGCUUUUUAGGUAUUUCUUUUAUAAUCGGAGAGGGUACAGUGCACAGUGAGAUGUUAAGAUUUACAAACUGAAUACAUGUUAAAUGAAUGGAAGGCAAAAAUAUUCUCUAAGUCCACGGCAUCCUUAACAUGCAGUGAAGAGGAUAAUCUAUAACAGGGUGAAAGAUGAGGAUGAUCACCUUUUUCCUUAUUGGGCUGACAGUCCACGUGGUUUUCUUCUUGUCCAUCUUUGACAUCUACUUCACAUCCCCCCUGGUCCAUGGCAUGACCCCACAAGCUACUUUACUUGAACCACCUGCUUCUAGACUGGUUCUGAUGGUGGCCGAUGGACUCAGGGCUGACAGUCUGUUCACUCUGCUCCCAAAUGGUUCAUCUAGAGCCCCAUUUAUGAGGAAUAUUAUUGAGACUAGAGGUACAUGGGGUGUGUCACAUACGCGAGUGCCCACUGAGUCUCGACCUGGCCAUGUAGCUCUUAUUGCUGGUUUCUAUGAAGAUGUCAGUGCAGUUGCCAAAGGUUGGAAGGAAAACCCAGUAGAAUUUGACUCUGUGUUUAAUGAGAGCAGACACACCUGGAGCUGGGGCAGUCCUGACAUCCUGCCAAUGUUUGCCAAAGGUGCAACAGGAAGUCAUGUUUAUACCCACACUUACCCAGCCGUGGAGGAGGAUUUUGCUUCCACAGAUGCUUCCAGGCUGGACAGCUGGGUCUUUGCCCAAGUAAAAUCAUUCUUUGAUUCUGCCAAAUAUAACUCCAGUCUGAAUGCCACUUUACAUGAGGACAAGAAUGUUUUCUUUCUCCAUUUGUUGGGCCUUGAUACAAAUGGACAUGCACAUCGGCCCAUGUCACAAGAAUAUUUGAACAACAUAGGUUUAGUAGAUGCCGGUGUAUCUGAGCUUGUUUCUAUGGUUGAAGAUUUCUUUGGACAUGAUGGGAAAACAGCCUAUGUCUUCACCUCUGACCAUGGCAUGACUAACUGGGGAUCACACGGAGCAGGUCACCCCUCUGAGACUCUGACGCCUCUGGUCGUUUGGGGAGCGGGAGUCAGCCGCCCCGUCGCUGUUACUGAACCACAAACAUUCAGUGAUGGAUAUUUAAAAGAUUGGAAUUUGGAGCAUGUUCGUAGAGUUGAUGUCAAUCAGGCUGACAUUGCUCCACUUAUGGCAUCUCUGAUUGGUGUUAAUUUCCCAGUGAAUUCUGUUGGUGUGCUGCCUCUUCGAUACCUAAACAACAGUAAACGGUUCAAAGCUGAAAGCAUGUACACUAAUGCUAUUCAAGUGCUGGAACAAUACAAGGUGAAAAUGAUCCAGAAAAAAGAGACCACAUUAUCCUUACUGUUUACCCCAUAUCAAUAUUUAACAGACUCUGAACAAGCAGAACGUGUCAAUCAGAUCAGAAUAAUGUUUCAGCUGGAGAAAUAUGAAGAUGUUAUUUCUCUCUGCCAGUCUCUUAUCUCUCACUCUCUAAAAGGCCUAGUUUACUACCACACGUAUGACAGAUUCUUCUUGGGUUGCAGCGUUGUGCUUGGUUUUGUAGGCUGGACCUCCUAUGUUGUCCUUGUUAUCCUAAAAACUCAUGCCAGUCUUAACAGAAAUCCCAAUCUCACUAAACAGAUAUCCAGCUUUCAUUUGUCAAGGCUUUGUGUUGUUGUGGCACUAUUGAUUGCCAUGUUUUUAUUUAUUCAAAGGAGUCCACUCACUUACUAUAUUUACUGCCUACUCCCAGUCCCAGUGUGGUAUUCUGUCCUAAAGGAGUUUGGAACUUUGGUGAAUUUGGUUCACUCUGCUCCAUCUUUGCCACUGUGGAAAUGCUUGGGCUAUUUUGUUCUAGUUGCUUUUGGAAUAGAGUUACUGGUGGUGAGCUUCUUCCACCGUGCCAUGUUGUCCGUGGGCCUGGCUGCUCUUUCACUGUGGCCCUUCCUCUCUGAAGUGUUUGAAAAAGCCAAGGUUCGUUCCAUGAGCUGGUUCUUGAGUUGUCUGUGUCUGGCCGUUUUCCCCUUGUUGCCGGUGGUCGGGCGGGAGCCAAAUUUACAUUUAGUCUCUUGUGCAGGUCUUCUAGCCCUUUUCACUUCCUUCUGUUUCCUUUGGUCAUCACGACGGAGAACACCACUGCACCACAGUGAAACAAGACUUUUACUCAUUCAGAUGAUCCAUGUGGCUGUUUGUGCGUUCGUCCCCUCCCUCACACACUCCAGUCUGCAGCAGAAACGGGGCUUACCUCUGCUCAGUCAGAUCAUCAGCUGGACCACGUUAGGUUCUUCGAUACUUAUUCCACUUCUGAGCAGUACACGUCUCUUCCAUCGCCUCCUCAGUAUACUCCUGUCUCUCACGGCCACUUACUUAUUACUUAGCACAGGGUCUGAAGCCUUGUUUCCACCAGCUUUAUCGUGGUUAAUGUUUGUAUGGAUCAAAAUGGAACAAGAAGCACUGCUCACCCAACGUGUAUCUGGCAGACAAGAGCUCUCAACAGUUGAUUUUGCUGCCAACAUUGACAUCACCAAAAUUCGUCAGCUGAAGUUGGAUGACAUCCGGAGAUCGUAUUUUUUUGUGUUUUUUAUCAUCACAGCUUUUUUUGGCACAGGAAACAUCGCCUCCAUAAACAGUUUUGACCCAGCAUCUGUUUACUGUUUCCUCACUGUUUUUAACCCGUUCAUCAUGGGAGGACUCAUGAUGUGGAAGGUCAUUAUUCCCUUCAUCAUUGUAAUGUGCACAUUUGAGGCCAUCCAAGUCACAACACAGCUUUCCUCAAGAAGUUUGUUCCUCAUCGUUCUUGUCAUUUCUGAUAUAAUGGCACUGCAUUUCUUUUUCAUGGUUCAAGACUACGGCAGCUGGUUAGAUAUUGGCACGAGCAUCAGCCACUAUGUAAUUGUGAUGUCUAUGACCAUCUUCCUCAUGAUUCUCAGUGUGGUCACGCACAUUCUCACCUCGCAAAGACUUGUUUUGUGGAGGAAGUCCAAAAUACAUUACCCAUGAAGAACAUGCUCAAUUUUUCCAAGUACUGUUUUAAAUUAUAUUGUAUUGUACGUGAGAGUAAAGGGACUUUUUUUCUACUGACACUGCAAGUUUAAGAUACAGUUACAACCAGAAGUUUACAUACACCAUAUAAAAAGACACGAGCGCUUUUUUUUUUGCACAGUCUGACAUAAAAUCAGACAAAAAUAUUCCUGCGCUAUGUCAAUUAAUGAAUGAAAUUAAUUUUAAAAAAUGUCAAACAAAAUCCUUCUCUUGUUAUUCUGACAUUUAGCAAAUAGAAGCAAUUUUGGUAAUCCUAAAUGACCUAAAACAGCAAAAGUUUAGUUUGAUUUCAUGUCAGACAGUGAGAAAAAAAAAGCAAAUGUGUCUUCAUAUAGUGUUAAGUAGUUUUAAAUAAAUGUAUGAAUGACAGGUCACCAUGUCAGACUGACUUGACACUUCUAAAAUGUUAAAAUCGUACUUACGCAACAGUAACACAAACCAGGAACUUACGAUUUACUAAGAUAAUAAACUUUAUGACUUUACGAUUAAAUAAAGUAAGAGAUAUACUUCC